UCUCUCCAUCUUCUUCCCAAAUCGCGAAACCCUAAUUUCUCUCUGCAGAGGCUUUCUUCAGAUCGCUGCUCUAGACCCGAUGUCUUCCGUAUCAAGCCAGCAACAGUUCCGUUACACGCAGACUCCUUCAAAGGUUCUUCAUUUGAGAAACUUACCGUGGGAAUGCACGGAAGAGGAGUUGAUCGAGCUCGGGAAGCCCUUUGGCACUGUUGUGAAUACAAAGUGUAAUGUUGGAGCUAAUAAAAAUCAAGCUUUCAUUGAGUUCGAAGAUUUGAACCAAGCUAUUCAGAUGAUCUCGUUCUACGCGUCUUCGUCAGAGCCUGCUCAGGUUCGAGGCAAAACUGUGUACCUACAGUACUCCAACAGGCAGGAGAUCGUGAACAACAAGACGGCGGCGGAUGUUGUGGGGAAUGUUCUUCUCGUUACAGUGGAAGGGGAGGAUGCUCGCAUGGUCAGCAUUGAUGUUUUGCAUCUGGUAUUCUCAGCCUUUGGUUUCGUCCACAAGAUUACUACUUUCGAGAAAACAGCUGGAUAUCAGGCACUUGUUCAAUUUACUGACGCUGAAACUGCAACCUCUGCAAGAACUUCCCUCGAUGGAAGAAACAUCCCUAGUUAUCUACUCCCUGAGGAAGUCAGCCCAUGCUCUCUUAAAAUCACAUAUUCAGCUCAUACAGAUUUGACUGUCAAAUUCCAGAGCCAUCGGAGCAGGGACUAUACUAAUCCUUACCUUCCUGUUGCUCCUUCAGCCAUUGAUAGUACUGGUCAGGUGGUUGUGGGUGUAGACGGGAGGAAGAUGGAGCCUGAAAGUAAUGUUCUUCUUGCAUCCAUCGAGAACAUGCAGUAUGCAGUAACCUUGGAUGUUCUACACACAGUUUUUGUGGCAUUUGGAGCAGUUCAAAAGAUUGCAAUGUUUGACAAGAAUGGUGGGGUACAGGCAUUGAUUCAAUACCCAGAUGUUCAAACAGCUGUGGUGGCGAAAGGAGCAUUGGAAGGACACUGUAUUUAUGAGGGUGGGUUCUGUAAGCUACACAUCACAUACUCACGCCACACCGACCUCAGCAUAAAGGUGAACAACGAUAGAAGCAGAGACUACACAAUGCCUGACCCGGCUGUUGCGAUGGCUCCACAGCCCGGGCAUAAUCCAUACCCGAGUAAUUCACCGCAGUACCAGGGAGCAGAUGCGAGCCAUUACCAGCAGCAGCAGCCACAAGGGGGAUGGGGGCAGCAAUCAGGAGGGCAAGGUCACAAUCCCUACAUGGGAGGACCACCGUCGAUGCAUCAAGGUGGUCCGGGUGGUUAUAUGCCGCCACACCAUUACGGUAGUGGCCCUUCUGGUCCAAUGCAUUAGAAUGAAAAAAGUAAACGAGUCCUUUUUAUAAGUCGAAAGACAGAAGGUGUUUAAUCCCUCUCUUUUACACAUUCCUCUGUUUUCUUAGUUUUGUUGUUGUUCUGUUUAUGGAACACGACUUGUACUUCUGUCCAAAAAGAUCACUAUCAUAAGAUUCAUAACCAUUCGGUUUUAUCAACAAUUUGUCUUCUCAGAAAUGUGAUCACUUAAUCUUUGUCUC